AUGGCGUUUGAGGCAUCUCGGGCACCAGGCCCCCGUUUGGCCAUGCCCACUUCCUUUGUUAUGCCUCCACGCGACAAGCAGCCCGAGCCAGUCCAGCCGGAAGCAAUCCAGAGCUCCGAGGAAUACCUCCAGCACCUUCGGAGCCUCGUUCAUUUCCGCUCCGACCUGCAGAAAUCCGGCUAUGUCAUGCAUCAGCUUUCACAGGAUGACUUGAACCGCAAGCGGAGGUGUGGCCGUUGUGGACGUCAUCUUCCCUACAGGAUGAAGAGGCUCAUGUGGCUGCAAAAGACGCCCGUUCGAGGCAAGGAUGAGGAUAAGGACGGUCCCGGCGAACCCAUCGACAACUCUGUUCAGGGAGGCACGUCGAAGAAGGACAAGGAGGCGGCAUUGCAAUGCAGGUAUCAUCCAGGCAAAAAAUGGACCUGCUGCAAUGGAACACCUGGCUCGCCUCCAUGUCGGUCAUUCCAAGAGCAUACGCCCAAGAUCUACGCCGCUGGGGAGCUGGAAAGGGAAUGGAGAUUCUACCCUACCCCCUUUGAAUGUGCCGGUGGCUCCCCAGCAGUCGCUGUGGUCAUUGACUGUGAGAUGGGCACAGCCAUCACGGGCGAGUCCGAACUUAUCCGCGUUUCCGCCGUCGAUUACUUCUCUGGCAAGGUCCUGCUCGACAAGCUUGUGUAUCCAGACAUCAAGAUGCUUCACUACAACACAAGAUACUCGGGGGUCACUAGGCAGGAUAUGGAGGACGCACGCCGUACGCGGUCAUGCCUAUUUGGACGUGCCAGCGCGAGGCGAGCCCUCUGGGAGUUUAUCGACCCUGACACUAUCGUCAUCGGACACGGCGCGAACUCUGACCUCACCUGUUUGCGCUGGAUACACCCGGUCAUUAUCGAUACUCACCUGGUCGAGAAGGCAAAUCGGCCUCCAGAGGAGACUAAGCAAACGGCACAAGGACAGGAGGCCCAGGUCAGCGGCCCACAGCUUCUGAGGGAGGGAGCAAACGCCCAACAAGGGCCCAGCGACAAUGCUCCUGCAGUGCCGAAGCAGAAAGGGGGACUGUCACUGAAGGCACUGGCGAAAGAGAGGCUUGGGCGAGAGAUCCAGAUUAAGGGUCAAGGACACGACAGCGUGGAGGAUUCAAUCGCAACCCGGGACGUUCUGCACUGGAACGUCUGCCAGAUGCUCCAGCGCCUCACAUAA